AUGUGGCCGACAAAAAAAUGGGACCCUCGGGGCCAGUUUUGCUAUGUCACUGGAGGCUCUUCCGGACUUGGGCUCGCUGUCGCCAAAGCCCUGACGAACAUGGGUGCACACGUUACUAUCGUCGCUCGGAAUGAGGAGCGUCUGACGAAGGCGUUAGCAGAAUUGGAGGAACUACGUCAAAACCCCAAUCAAGUCAUAUGCUCCUACUCGUACUCCUUGACUGAUGCCGACAGUUCUAACGCAGCACUGGAAGUGGCGUCAAAGGACCACGGCGGCAAAUAUCCUGAUGCGGUGUUUAUGUGUGCAGGAGCAGCGACUCCGGGUUUUUUUGUCGAGGAAGACGCAAACUCUAUGCGCAAGGGAAUGGAUAACUCAUAUUGGGUACAGGCAUACACCGCCCUGGCAUAUACAAAAGCAAUUGUACGCGACAGAACAUCAGGAAAGCUCGUAUUCAUCUCUUCCCUUCUCGGAUACAUGUCAAUGCUCGGUUAUUCGACAUAUUCUCCUGGAAAAUACGCGCUUCGAGGUCUGGCAGAAACUCUUCGCUCGGAACUGAUUCUUUACGACUGUACUGUUCACAUUAUGUUUCCCGGUAACAUUGACACCCCAGGUUAUGCAGAAGAAAAUCGUACCAAGCCCAAAGUUGCGCUGGAAGUUGAUUCAUCAGACAAACCAACGGCACCGGACGUACUCGCGACACAGUUAAUUCACGGUGUUCAACGAGGCGAUUUCCACAUUUCACCGGAUAUACUUUCCAAUAUCUUCCGUUCUUCAACUAUAGGCGCAACACCACACCACAAUGUACUGCUAGAUGGACUUUAUGCCGUAGUAGGAUGGAUCGGCCUUCCGCUCUGGCGUCAAGGUGUUGACAGCAAAGUCUUGAAGCAUAGAAAUGAGCAUGAUGAAUAUCUGGCAGCUAAAGGCUUCUUCAAAACUGUUUUGUGA